AUGGAUAAUCAAACUAAUAUAAGGCCAAAAAUAUUUAUACAAAUACAAAAUGACCUUAAGAAAUAGUUUUAUUCAGAUGAUGAUGCUGACUUAACUCCGAAAAGACCUUUGAUUGCAAAGCCGUCAAAGUUUUCAAGAGGAGAAGGAUAACAGUUUUAAACUGAUGAUUCUGAUAAUACACCUAUGAAAUAAAUAUUCCCAUAUUCACCUAAAGGAUAAAAUAAAUUAUCAAAAUUUAAACAGAAGGAGAGUCACAUAGAAAAAGAUUCGGAUAUUUAAUUUGACUCAAAUGAAGAAGAAAAAAAAGAAUAAGCUAUAAAAAUUUAAACAAAUCAAAAAACUGAACCUGAAUAUGACAUUUAGUAGAUGUCCAAAUAAAUGGAAUAAAAAUAUCAAAAUCCUAAGUAACCAUUUAAACAUACACCAAUAUAAAAGUCAAAUUCCUCUAAGCAAGUUGUUAAUAAGCAUCUUCAUAUCAAAGAUCAUCCAUUUAGACAUUUAGUUUAUGGCAAAAAUAUUAAUUAAAAUGAGUUUUUGAGAUUUUUGUAAAUCGUAUAGAGUGGACUAUUAUAUGCAUGUAAUUCUUUAAAAGGACCAUCAGAAAAAUUUCUUAGAAGUAGAUUUAUUAGACUUAAAGAAUCUAAUUAAAGGAAAUCUAAAUUAUUAAUCCUAGAUUUAGAUGAAACCUUGAUUCAUAGUUGUUCAUCUAGAGACUCUCCUUAAGUCACUAUCUAAUUAUAAGAUGAUGAAGAUAAAGUUGAUGUAAUAUUUAUAAAUAUUUAUCUUUAGUUAUGUUUCAACAUUAGACCAUUUUGUUAAGAAUUUUUAAAAGAAAUGUCUAACUACUAUAAUAUUUAUUUAUUUACAGCUUCUUCAGAGCUAUAUGCUAAUGCUAUUGUUAAUCAUUUAGAUCCUAAAAGAUAAUAUAUCAAUGAUAUAUUGUGCAGAAAUAAUUGCUUUGAAACUAAAAAUGGAUUUUUUAUUAAAGAUUUAAGAAUUAUAACCAAUAGACCUUUAAAAGAUAUAGUGAUUGUUGAUAAUCUUCCUCAUUCAUUUGGAUUAUAAUUAGAAAAUGGAAUACCAAUUUUAGAAUACUUAUUCAAUCCGAAAGAUGAAGAAUUGAAAUAUUUGUAAAAAUAUCUUAUUCAAUUGAGUAAGGAAGAUGAUGUAAGAACUUUUAAUAAAGAAAAUCUCAAAUUAAUUAAUUUAAUUGAUUUUAAACUUAAUAUCUGA